AUGAACGAAGAAGCAGUUAAAUUAAGUGAGAAGAUAGUACCUAGUAACUAUAUACAACAAGGUAUUCAAGCUAAACAUGCCAGAGAAAAUUUAAUACGGCAACUUAUUCAACAUAAAAAGAUGCCUGACACUGGUUGGGAUAAUAUUACUAUAGAAAUGUUUUUACAAGAUAUUGCCAUUAUGGAUAGCAAUAAUUUCAAUGGGAACUGUGGAGUUGGUGAAAGAGAAGCCAGAAUAUAUUCUUCAUUAGUUUAUAAAAGGCAUUAUGGUUUAGGUCAUGGUAUAGGUAGAUCAGGUGAUAUUACUGCAGUUCAACCAAAAGCUGCUGGUUCUAGUUUACUGAUGAAAUUAACCAAUUCACUGGUUCAGGAUGCUAUUAAAAUUGCAGGUAUAAAGUCUAUCUCCAAUUGUUUUGUUGUUCCUAUGGCAACAGGGAUGAGUUUGACGUUGUGUAUGUUGACCCUGAAACAGAAGAGGAAGACUGCCAAGUAUGUUUUGUGGCCUCGAAUUGAUCAAAAAUCUUGUUUUAAAUCUAUUCUUACAGCAGGUCUAGAGCCAGUUAUAAUAGAGAAUGUUUUGAAUGGAGAUGAACUUCAAACCGACAUUGGUGCCAUCAAAUAUAAAAUCUCUGAGUUGGGAGCUGAGAAUAUUGUAUGUAUUAUGACAACUACCAGUUGUUUUGCUCCAAGAAUACCUGAUAAAUUAGAAGAUAUAGCAGUUGUUUGUAAAGACUUUAACAUACCUCAUCUCAUUAACAAUGCUUAUGGUUUACAAUCUUCAAAAUGUACACAUCUUAUACAGCAGGCUAGUCAAGUGGGACAUGUUGAUUUGUUUGUACAAAGUACUGAUAAGAACUUUAUGGUACCAGUAGGUGGUUCUAUUAUUGCAGGAUUUGAUACCAGUCUUGUUGAUGAAGUCGGAAAAAAUUAUCCUGGUCGAGCAUCUUCUACUCCAUCUUUAGAUCUAUUUAUAACAUUAGUAUCCAUGGGAACAACUGGCUAUAAAGCAUUACUCAGUGAGCGUAAAGAAUUAUACAAAUAUUUAGCUGAGAGCUUACAAUCAACAGCUGAAAAACAUGGUGAAAAGUUUCUCAAUACAAAACAUAAUCCAAUAUCUAUGGGUAUAACCUUAGAUAAAUUGAAUAUGCAUGUGUCUGCUACAGAAAUAGGUUCCAUGUUAUUUACUAGAUUUGUGUCUGGUACAAGAGUAAUAGCCCCGGGCAAAGAAAAUACCAUAGGAGGUCAUUGUUUUAAGAAUUUCGGAUCACAUUCAAACAACUAUCCUUCAUCUUAUUUAACUGCUGCAGCUGCCAUUGGUAUGAAAAAAUGUGAUGUAGAUCUAUUUAUUACAAGGUUAGAUAAAGUUUUAAUGAAAUGUAAAAGUGAUCAAAAGGACACAAACAAUAUGAACAGUGUAUCUAAUCAAGACAAUGUAUCAGAAUUUGAAACAUUGACUAUAAAUGAUCAACCAGAAUGUGAUAGUUUAUCCAAUAAAGAUGUCAACUCUUAA